AAUUAAAAAAAAGAAGAAAAUAAGGACACGUAAGAAGGAAGGUAAGAGAAAAAAACGAAUUCGAUUCGAGGAAACGUCACGUAUGUUAUAAUUUUCAGUCAGGAUAUUUCGGAACGCGCUUUUGAAUGUAUCCCCCCCCUUCUACUUCAACUGCGUAAUACCGAGACUGCGCCGUUACAUGUAUUUGGCGCGUUUUAUCGUUGAGUGUCUUCGAAUUGUCUCGAACCUCAAGCUUCAUCGUUUUCCGUGAAUUGUCUCGUACACGUACGCGAAAACGCGAAUGCAUUUUCCCGACUCUCACGCGCGUGUCAUCGCUUCGUUGUUCGAGCGGAGGUGAAAGAAACGUCGGUUUUAAUUGCAGAAAUAGACCCUCACGUUCGGAUCUCUGGGGGGAAAGGGCAUUUCAACGGUGAGACUGCAACAACGUGCGGUCGUGGCCGGUGAUCAUUGAUCCUGUUGCGGAAGUGAACGAAGUAACAACAUGUCUAAGGUACGGCGACUGUCGCUCCGCGGCAUUCGUAAUUUCGGUGACGACAGCGAGGACGCGUUGAUACGUUUCUCCUGUCCGCUCACGCUCAUCCUGGGCCCGAACGGCACCGGGAAAACGACCAUCAUCGAGGCGCUGAAGUUUGCGACGACCGGCGAGUUUCCACCGGGUUCCGAAAAGGGAAAAUCCUUCGUGCAUGAUCCUAUGCUGGCAACGACCGGCUCGGUGAGAGGUGUUGUCAAAGCUGAGGUAAUUGAUGCCAUGGGUAAGAGUUAUACAGUAGCAAGGACAAUUGAGUCAUCAACACAAGGAGAUAAAAGGAAAUUUAAGACUCUCGACAGUACUGUAACCAUAAUAAGUAAAGAUAAAAAACAGAAAGCAUCAAUAACCAAUCGAUGUGCUAACGUUGAUGCAGAGAUUAGUAUAGCAUUGGGUGUUUCAAAAUCAAUUCUAAAUUACGUUAUAUUUUGCCAUCAAGAUGAGCUUAAUUGGCCAUUUGACCAAGGCAAAACGUUAAAAGAUAGAUUUGAUGAGAUAUUUGAUAGUGCAAGAUUUAAUAAAGCCUUGGAGUCUAUUUUAAAGCUUCAGAAAGAGUUACAAGGCGAUAUUCGAACUUUAAAAGCACAAAAACAAACUUGUAAUGUACUCGUGUCUGAAGUGGAAGAUAAAGAGAAUAAACUCAAGGAGCACAAAAAAAGAUUGGAUACUGCAAAGGAAAAAAUUAAUGAUAUCGAAAAACAGCUUGUACCUGUGAAACAGAAAAUGGAAGAAGUGCAGCAACUUAAUACGGAAUAUAAAAAUAUCCAGACUGAGGAAGGAAAAAAGAAAAUGGAAUUCAAUAUACAAAAAGAACGAUAUGAAAAAUUGAAGGAAAAUAUAAAGAAUAUCUUUGAGGGAACAACAGAGGAAUUAAAUGUGCGCAUAGAAUCGUACGAUACUGUAUUGAGGGAGAAGAAUGAUGAAAUAGCAGAGAAUGAAGCUGAGGUCAAAGGUAUUUCCGAAAAAGCAACUCGAAUUUCAAAUAUUUUAGCAACACGAAGAGAAACUGUAGGUACAUUAAAACAACAGGUGAGAGAUCACGAAAGAAGAAUGGCUCGCCGCAAUCAAUUGUUAAAUGAGGCAUUGCAAGCUUGGAAUUUUGAUAUAGUGGAAUCAGAUGUAUCAGAAAUAGAGGUGAAGGCUCUUACAAAAAGAUUGGAAGAAAAGAUGCGAACAUUAGAAAAAGAGGUAGAGGAAAAUAGAUUGGCCAUGCAGAAAGAGGAAAAGAAAUUACAAAGGGAAGUUGAUACACUGCGCAGCAAUUACUCAAAAAUAGAUUCAGAGAAGGUUCUCAAAGAGAAGGAGAUAACAGAGAUAAGAGACGACAUAAACACAAUUCGAAACCAAAUAGCACAGAUUGGUGCAGCGGGAAAUAAGUUGAAGUCCAUCGAACAAAAACUUCAAACGGCAAAACAAAGAAUUGACGAACUUAGUAGUGCGUUGAAUGUCGAUUCUGUUAAAGCUGAUAUCGCAGACAAAAUAAAAUCCAGAGAUAACAUCGAAACAACUUUAAAUGCGAUUGAUGACGAAAUUUCUUCUUUGCAUAAAUUAAGUUCUUUAACGGCAGAAUUUGAAUUAAAAAAAUCGGCGUUACAAGCUAAAGAAGAAGAACUGGAGAAUUUAAGAAGGAAGCAUGGAGAUAGUAUCAAAGUACUAUUAAAUACUCAAGAAUUAGGACAAAUAAAAUUGAAAGAUACUUUGGAGCGCCUUCACCAGAAAUCGGAAAAAGAAACAAAUGCCUUAACACGAGAGAUUCAAGCACAAGAACGUAAAACUACUGCCUUCGAGACAACAGCACGACAUAUAGAAUCCGACAUUAAGAAAAUGACGACAGAUCUACACAAUGAUAAAGAAAAGAUAUCUACAGUAUGCGAUUACAAAGAUUUCGAUGAAGCUUUGUUGUUCCAAUCAACGAUCGUAAAGGAUCUUCAGGACAAGAGAGGAAUCUAUGCUUACCAAGCUACAGCUUACAAGGAAUACGUUAAACAAUUAUCUGCAAAUAAUCCUUGUUGCCCCUUAUGUCAUAGAAACUUUGACAAAAAAGAUACAGUUGCAGAUUUAAUCAAAGAAAUCGAAAGCGAUAUAAUACGUAAUCAACCCGAUCGUUUAAAGACAUGUGAGCGGGAACUAGAGAAAGAACAAAAAAAAUAUAACAAUAUGCUGCAAUUGAAACCUAUUGUCGAAAAGGUCAUUGAAUGUGAAACACAUUACUUAAAGACAUUGGAGGAAAAGUUAAAAAGGGCACAGAACAGUGUGGCGCAGUCAAAAAUGGCCGUUAAGAAUUUAGAAGCGUCAAAAGCAGAGCCUGAGAAGAAGUUGUUGCUAUAUAAAAAUAUGAUUGGCGAUAUUAAAUUCUGGGAUCGGUGCAUAGAUGAAAUACAGCAAUUGAAGAGAGCAGUUAACAACUUGGAUACUCAAAUGACCAGUGCUGGAGUUAAAACCAAAAGGACUAUAGAAGAAGCACAGAUGCAACGAGAGUCUUUGAGAACGUCUCUUAGAGAGGCUCGUAAUCAUAUUGAUGCCUUGCAACUCAAAUUGAACAAGCAUAAUGAGAGAUUGCAGGACGCUAGAGCGAUGUAUAACGAGCUACAUGAGGAGCAAUUAAAGAUACAUACCGAUAUGCAGAAGUUAAAACAUUUGAAAGACAAGCAGGACGAUUUAUAUGCGCGGGAAAUUACCGUAGGAGAAACGAUGGAAAAGUUACGAAAAGAUUUGGCACUUGCUGAGAGUGAAUUGAAUUCUGGAAGUAGGCAAUUGGAAAAGACCAAGACAGAAAAUUGGCAAAAGCAAGAAGCCGACAGAAAAUUAAUGUCCGAAAAUGCCAGACGUUUGUCUGAUUUACAUAAAAUAUUGGACGAGGUCAAUUCUUUUGUUAAUAGCAAUGUACUUGAGAAACUCACGAGCUAUGAGCGCGAGAUAGAGACUUAUAAGAAUUCGUUAACGGAACUUGUGAACAAGAAAAACGACAUAGAGCAGGCGAUAAGCAAAUUGAAGGAGGAUAUUAUUUCUCAGGAAAUCGGAAAGCGAGAAUUAAUCGACAACAUAACUUUACGUAAAAUUAAGGAAAUAUUGGAGACUUUGAAAGAGCAGUACAAAAACUUGAAUGAAAAAUUGAAAAAUAUGAAUUAUAAAGAGAUGAUGAAUAAAUGGGAGCAAUUAGAAAACGAAAAGGAAGCAUUGCUUCGGCAAAAAAAUCUGGCAUUGGGAAAUCAGGAAGAAUUAGAGAGAGUAAUCAGACAAUAUACGCAGGAAUUACGAAAAGAAGAAUAUCGAUUAGCUCGUCGGAAUUAUACUAAAAAGUGCAUUGAAUUAACGGUUCAAGAAGAUACUAUAGCCAAUCUACAAGCUUACAACAAGAUACUGGAUAAAGCGAUGCUCGAAUACCAUGAGGAGCGUAUGUCGACGGUCAAUAAGAUAAUGAAGAAGUUAUGGAAGCACGUUUACAAGGGUACAGAUACAACCAGUAUUGAGAUCUGCACGGAGCCUACGGAGGGCGUAGGUAGUAACAGAAGGAGCUACAACUAUAAGUUGGUUCAAACCAAGCAUGGCUGUAAAAUGGAUAUGAAAGGACGUUGUAGUGCUGGACAGAAGGUAUUGGCAUCGAUAAUUAUAAGACUCGCUUUGGCAGAAACAUUUUGUAAAAAUUGCGGCAUUCUCGCGUUAGACGAACCAACGACGAAUUUGGACGAAGAAAAUGCGAACAGCUUAGCGGAUAUGCUAACCAAGGUAGUCGAGUUGCGAUCAAGACAUCAAAAGAACUUCCAAUUGAUCAUAAUCAGCCACGAUGAAAAGUUCCUACAGAAGCUUGCAGAUUUGAAUAAUCACAAGCAAUUCCACGAGCUUUACCGUAAACAGAACGGGAUGACCACGGUAAAGAUCUCUGAUUUCAACGAGCCUAUGAGUUCCUUGUUGCAUAUUAAGAACGAGGAUGAAUCUUCCGACGAGGAAGAACAAGGUCCUAAUCAGUUUGGAGAGCCCAGUGGUUUAUCUAGGGGGACAGCAAAUAAAAAACGAUAUAAUUUGGAUAACGAUGAUAAUAGGCCGCCAGCUAAAAAGAAGUAUUGUUUCACCGACUAAUUUAAGAUACAUGUUCCGUUUUUGUGUCAAACAACCAUUUUUGUACGUUUUUAUAUAAUAUAUAUAUAUAUAUGCAUUUAUGUCUGUUCUAAUAUAUGCAUAUUUUAUCUUAUGACAAUGUUCCUAUAAUUGUUACAGUGUAUUCAUAUGUAUGUAUUCCUAUAAAAGUUAUGUAUAAAAAAAUACCUUAAAUAAUGUGAUAAGAAAACGAAAAUUAUUUUGUAACUAUGAAGAAAUGUUGGUAUUAAUAAAUCUAAUUUUCAAAUA